AUGGCAAAUAAAACACCGCUUAAAGUGCUAUUCGUGCCCAUCUUAGGCGAGGGUCACGUCAAUCCCUGUAUCGGUAUUGCGACCAAAUUGGUAGCCGACGGACACCGCGUGUUGUUUACAAUUGACAACGAUGUCUGGCGGACAAAACUGGCCGCUCAUGGCAUCGAAACGGUAGAGUUGGCCACUAGUAACGAAACUAAGGGUACGGCUAUUGAUAUGGACUGCAGCGCGCAGUUUAUGCUGUCUUUGGGCAAAAUUGGCGGCGCGUCGGCCAUAGAGAAGGCCCGAUACGAGUCAUACGCCGCCGAGUUUUGGACAAAAUACGCCCAGCAUUUGGACACACAGUUGGCCCGUCUGUUGCCCGCCAUUCGGCCCGAUGUCAUAGUUGUGGAUCAGUUGGUGACACUGCCGGCGGUGGUGUUGUCUGGCAUACCGUGUGUGUGGUGUUGGAGCGCCGGCCCUCUCAUGAUGCUGGACGAUGAAAGGACACCGCCCGGUGAAUCAGGACUGUCCGCUACGGGAGACCCAAAACUGUGGCACGAGUUUCGCCAAUUGGUUAGAGACGUGAAGAUAGAGAAGUGGCGGGCGUUUAACGAUUGGGUGGUCGGCCGGGGCUGCGAACCACUGACCGAACACCGCUUUCAUAACUCAUCGCAUUAUCUUCAUAUAUACGGCUAUCCCUUGGAGUUGGACUAUCAGGACAUCCGGCCGUUGGGUCGUAAUUAUGUCCGGUUUGACAAUUUUAAACGCACCGAACGGGACGUGACAUUCGCGGUGCCGCCAGUGUUGGCCCCAAAGCCCGGAGCGUUGGUCUACUUCUCGUUCGGUACUCUCUGUUCGGUUGACGUGCAAAACAUGCGCCGAUUGGUCGCCAUUUUGGCCAAAUCUCCGCAUCGGUUCAUCGUAUCGAUGGGUCCGAAGCAUAAGGAGUACACUCUGGCCGACAAUAUGUGGGGCGCGGAGUCGGUGCCCCAGAUCCGAGUCCUACCGCUAGUGAAUCUGGUUAUAACACACGGAGGCCUAAAUACGGUGACCGAAAGCCUACACUUUGGCCGACCAAUGAUAGCUAUGCCUGUGUUUGGCGAACAGUACGAUAACGCGCAGAGACUGCACGACAAGAGCUUUGGUCUACCACUGGACGCAUACAAGUGCUCGGAGGAGGAGCUGUUGGCGGCGAUCGAGACUGUGCUCAACGAUAGGGCAAUGGCUGACCGGUUGGCCGCUGUCUCCCGACGAAUACAAUCGGAUAAUAGUUUGGCAAAAGUGUCGCAACUUAUUGAGGAUUUUGUUCAAAAUACGCGCAAAUAUGUCUGA